GUCCAUGGUGAUGGUACACGGGCUGAUGGUCGCAGAUCCAAGUAAUUCGCCAAAAUUAUUGAGAUCAUGGGCUCGCGAGUUGGCCGAGCCGCGCGGAGCAUUGUGGGGUCUCGAGCAAUGUAGUAGGCGCUCAGGCCGGUUAUCUGGCCCGUCCCAUAACCGAAGCGCCUGAAAUGCAAUUUUAUUUCAUAACUCACCGGUCUGGGGC